UUCAAUUCUCCCAACCAUCACAGCGCAACAGCGCCCAUCAAUUCAAAAUGGGUGGUGGAGAUCUCAACCUGAAGAAAUCAUGGCACCCCUCCCUCCUCCGCAACCAAGAGCGCGUCUGGUCUGAGGAGCAAAAAGCCCUCGAGGAACGCAAACGCAUCGACCAACUCCGCCGCGAACGCGAUGAAGAGCGCCAAAUCCAAGACCUGCAGCGCCUCCAGGAAGACUCGGGCCAGGUACGACAGACGCAGCGCGUUGACUGGAUGUAUCAGGCUCCCUCGGGGGCGACGGGUCAUGUGGCUGAGGAGAUGGAGGGGUAUCUGUUGGGGAAGAGACGGAUUGAUUCGGUGUUGUUGAAGGGGGAGGAGACGAAGAAGUUGGAGAGAGGGGCGGAUUUUGCUCCGGCGGCGGGUCCUGGGGCGGGUGCUGGUGCUGUGGCGCCGGUGAAUAGUAGGGAUAUGAUGACGAAAGUUAUGGCGGAUCCAUUGUUUGAGGUUAAGAAGAGGGAGCAGGCGGCUUAUGAGGCUGCAGUGAAGGAGUCGGCGAGGAAGGGGAAGAAGGUUGUUGAUGGUGGUAGUGGUGGUGAUCGUCAGCCGGAGAAGGGACGUGAACGAGAGCGUGAUCGUGACCGCGGUCAUCGUCACAGAAGUCGUCGGUACAGUGAUGAGGACUCGCACAGACAUCGGACACGUCGACACCGGUCUAGGUCUUCAUCGCCAGAUCAUCGUCGUUCGUAUAGGAGUCGGAAAGAUGAUCGGGACUAUCGUGAUGAUCGUGACCGGAGGGACAGGGAUCGCAGGGACCGUGACCGACGCGAAGACCGUGGACGUGGACGAUCUCGAGACGAACGGGACCGCAGAGACCGCGAUCGUCGUGCUUCGAGCAGACACCGGGAUCAUGAUGACAGGUACCACGACCGUCCUCGUCGCGACUCGUAUAGUCGACGUUCACCCUCUCGUCGGGACCGUCGUCCUUCUCCUGACGGACGAGACUCAGAAAGCAACGGCUACCGCAAACCUCGAGACUACGACAACCGCCCGCGUGAUUCCUAUCGCCGUGACCGUAACAGCAACCGUCCCCAGCCCAACGGCCACGCGAAUGGCCAGGCCAACAAUGCCAAAUCGAAAGAACAACAGGACGAAGAACGCCAGCGCAAACUCGCCGAAAUGCAAUCCAACGCCAGCGACCUCGAGACAACCCGCCGUAAGCGCAUCGACGAAGUCACCGCCAUGGAAGAGCGUCAGCGCGAGGAGGACGAGAAGAAUCGUACUGAGAAGGGUCGGUUUGUCGGACAGUUGCAUCGCCAGUUACAGGAGGAUAGUCUUGAUCAAAGGAUUCAGAGGAGCCGUGGGGGGUUGAUUGUUGAUAAGGAUGAGUAGUUGAGUCUUGUGGUUUUUUAUGCGUCUACAUGGUUAAGAUUUUCGUGUUUGAUUGUCAUGGCAUUAUGGGCAGCUGGGUCGAUUUCAUGUACAAGUAUAUAUUAGUUUCUCAGGCGUUAGGGUUAUAUCCACAAUCAAUGCAUCAUUUACAUAUCUUCACGUCAG